AUGGGUGCAGCACAAUCCUCCCAAAAUGUUCAGGAGCAGGUCAUAACUCCCUCAGAACCCGGUACUUCUGUCCAAUUCUCUCCCUCCCUGAUAUCCCGUCUCUCUUCCCCAUCCGACUCAUCCUCCUCCUCAUCCAAUUCGGCAGAUGACAUAGUACGACGACGACUCGCAGCCGAGUCUGCCAAUCUCAGAUCUCAAGAAGCGGAGAUCUUAUCCAAGAUCAACGCCGCGUUGGAGAAGGAAAAUCUGGAUAAGGAGAAACCGGGUAUGAGCUCAGAGGUGUUGGGUAAGGAUAUUGAACAGAUCAGAGAGAAAGUGGAGAGAUUGAAAGAGAAGAAAUUGAAUACUUCAAAAGGAGUUAGGGAAGCUAGGGAACAAGUGGAGAAGUGUUAUUUGACCAAUCCCGAAAAACCACUUGAUUGUUGGAAACAGGUAGAAGCUUUCAAGUCAGAAGUUGCGAAACUUGAACAGGCAUUCGUAAAGUCCCUCCAAUAG